CAAGAUAUAGAUAAGCGCUAUAGUAUCAAGACGCAUAUUUGAGGAUACAGAAGAAUCAAGUUUCACGAUCUGAAGGACAAAACGAUCAAGACUCAAGAUACAAUAAAACAUGCAGAUGUAUCAUCAUCAUCAUCAAGGAAAGAAUAUCCAUUCUUCAUCAAGAAUGUCAAUUACACCAGAAAGGCAUCUGUUUCUGCAAGGUGGGAAUGGUGGAGGUGAUUCAGGACUUGUUCUCUCAACCGAUGCUAAGCCUAGACUCAAAUGGAUGCCAGACCUCCAUGAACGGUUCAUAGAAGCAGUCAACCAACUUGGAGGAGCAGAUAAGGCCACUCCAAAAUCAGUCUUGAAGCUAAUGGGAAUUCAAGGGCUUACUUUAUACCACUUAAAGAGUCAUCUCCAGGUACAACAGACACAUGCCAACCAGAGUUCCUUUUCAAUGACUGAAACAGGCAGACAAACUAAUUUGCUUUUUGGUUGGCAGAAGUACAGGCUCAGUAAGAAUCUAUAUCGACAAACUAAUAGCGGUGGAGCAAACAAAGUCGAUAUGGUUGCACCAACAGAAGACGCCAUGGGUGAAAGGAAUGGGAUUCCCCCAAGUAAUUCAAGUGUUUGUCCUCAAACAAACAAAAAUUUGCAGAUAAGUGAAGCAAUACAGAUGCAAAUUGAAGUUCAAAGAAGGCUACAUGAGCAACUAGAGGUACAGAGACACUUACAGCUUCGCAUAGAAGCACAAGGGAAAUACUUACAAGCAGUGCUUGAAAAAGCACAAGAGACUCUCGGAAGGCAAAACUUAGGUACAGUAGGACUGGAGGCUGCAAAGGUUCAACUAUCAGAAUUGGUUUCCAAGGUAUCCAAUCACUGCCUAAAUUCUGCAUUUUCGGGAAUGAAAGAUGCGUCGACUCAGACAAACCAGCCAACAGAUUGUUCAAUCGACAGUUGCUUGACUUACUGUGAAGGACAACAAACUGAACAAGAGAUAAUUGGUUUGACCCUAUUAAAGUCAAAGAAAGUUGACAAUGAUCCAGAAAAAGUAUGGUGCGAAGAGACGAAAAGAAACAAGAAAUUUCUCUCGGCGAGUGAUCUGUCGAUGAGUGUUGGAGGGCUCAAGGGUAGUGAAUGGAAUACCAGUAGAAGCUACAAUGAGGAAAGAUUUACGGAUAGGGGAGAAGUCAUUUUAAUGAAUCAAAUCACCCAAAGCAAAACAGAUUCAGUGAAACCAGAGAAAGUUGAGAUGCCACAGAAGUUUCAGUUGCCUAAUUUUGGACAGAAACUGGACCUCAAUUCCCAUGAUGGGAGCGAUGCAGCUUCAAGUCGAAAGCAAUUCGAUUUGAAUGGACUCAGUUGGUGAUUAGAAGGAGGUUCGAUUUUGAGUGAAGAAUCAUCUUUUCUCAAUCAUGUAUUGCAUUUUUCAGAAUUUUUGUAGUAUGAAUAGUUGGAGAAACAUGAGAUCUUUCAUCAUGAACAUUCAGUUUAUAGCAACAUGAGUUGCAGGGA